AUGUUUGGGUUACACAUUUUUGUUGACAGUUUGACCACCACUACCUACCCAGUAUCACGGAGUUACACGUGUAACACAGGUUAUACUCCAAACACUGGCAGUGGUACCAUAUCCUGUCAGGCGCCGGGUACCUGGUCAUCACCUGGUCUCACCUGUACAAUCAGCGAUUGCGGAGUGCCUACUGUGUCCGAACCUAAUGGUGUAGUUAAUUCUGGCUGUACGACUUAUGAUUGUUCAAGGACGUUUUCCUGUGCCAGUGGAUACGACAUCGGCGGCAGCGUGUUUACCGUCACCUGUCAGGCCUCUGGGGCUUGGACAGGGAGCUCAUAUUCCUGUUCCCCAGUUGACUGUGGACCGCCACCCUCGUUAUCUGGCGGAAGUGUUGACAGUUUGACCACCACUACCUACCCAGUAUCACGGAGUUACACGUGUAACACAGGUUAUACUCCAAACACUGGCAGUGGUACCAUAUCCUGUCAGGCUUCGGGUACCUGGUCAUCGCCAGGUCUCACCUGUACACCCAUAGAUUGUGGAGCGCCUACUGUGUCCGAACCUAAUGGUGUAGUUAGUUCUGGCUGUACGACUUAUGAUUGUUCGAGGACGUUUACCUGUGCCAGUGGAUACGACAUCGGCGGCAGCGUGUUUACCGUCACGUGUCAGGUCUCUGGGGCGUGGACAGGGAGUUCAUAUUCCUGUACUUUAGCUGUAGUAGCAUGUCCAGCACAUCCAAUCAAAGCAUACGCGAAGAUAUCAGGAAGCGGAACGACAGAAGGAUCUACCAUCACCUACACUUGUGAUGACGGGGCUGUCUUAGUGUCAGGAAACGAUCCUGCAACGUCAACUUGUUCUGCUCAAGGAGUGUGGUCAACUGCGAAUAUCGAUUGUACAAAAUGUAGCUCAUACGCCAGCACGUACACCAUGAGGACGGAUAGGUUCUUCAACCCUCCAGUCUCCUUCACUCCUUCUAUAAGCGGCGGAAGUGUCACUGCGGCCUACUGUGCAAACGCGUGUGAUACCCGUUCGGACUUUGUCUGUGUGGCGUACUACUACAGGAAGAGUACCGGGUCGUACUGUGUUUUACGACCCAUGCGAGUACACGAUGACACUAACCACCAACAGUACGACAACGCCGACACCGCUUACGAUGAGUACAUUCGAGAUUGUGUUGUGCCCUGUCCGGAUCCUCCGUAUCUCGCCUAUACAUCUGUGUCGGGUACAGGAUCAACCAGAACCUAUACAUGUGAUACUGGGGCUAUUCUAUCAUCGGGAAACGACCCUGCUACGUCAACAUGUACAAAUGGAGCCUGGUCCAGCCCAAACAUCCAAUGCACAAAAUGUAGCUCAUACGCCAGCACGUACACCAUGAGGACGGAUAGGUUCUUCAACCCUCCAGUCUCCUUCACUCCUUCUAUAAGCGGCGGAAGUGUCACUGCGGCCUACUGUGCAAACGCGUGUGAUACCCGUUCGGACUUUGUCUGUGUGGCGUACUACUACAGGAAGAGUACCGGGUCGUACUGUGUUUUACGACCCAUGCGAGUACACGAUGACACUAACCACCAACAGUACGACAACGCCGACACCGCUUACGACGAGUACAUACGAGACUGUGCAUAA